UAAUGAUGAACAGUCUAUAACUACUGAGGGUUAAAACCCCUUUGCAAGCUCUGGCUAUGUAAUGUUGGGCUACAAUCAGAAUGAUUUCAUUGGGCCUAAACAUCGGGGGAUUGAGUUUCAUGAAUGAAUUGUUUAUGUGAUGUAUCCUCUACUUCUGUUUGUUUAUCUAACAAUAUGUAUGUGAGGGCUGACAUUCUCACAGCGUCGAGGUCGCCACUUCGACAGAUUUGUGGGUUUGUUGGAUGACGCUCAGGCUACGUGAGACGGGCGGAGCACAGGGGAUGCGGGGAUGCACUGCAGCGGAGCGGAUAAUCUGGGUGACCGGACUGUCAAAAUUGAGCGUAUGGUCUAUUCUCUCAAUUACAAUCAUCUUCAAGGGUUUAUCUAUCUCUUCGUCAUUGUUUACCAGUACUCGUCUGGUUGGUGGUCAAACAUUUUCAAUAAGAUUUUCUCCUUGCAGGUUGAUUGCGCCACUAGCGUAUGAUUUCCUCCUCCUGCCUCCUCUCCUUUCCUUGGCGCUGAUUGACAUUCCUGCAGAUCAAAGAUCGCUUUAAUUUGCUGUUAUAGUAACUCGCAGCUGUGGUAGUUGAGUUGGCGUGCUGUGGGGAAGGAAGGAACCCGGCGUGAAAAGAUAAUGGCCACAGAGCAAUGGGAUCGGUAGUUUACCGCAGCCAUGGCCAGGUCAACAAACAGAAGCGGCAAGGAUGGCGAUUCAAGGGUGUCCGCUCCCACGGACAGGGCAGAGGCUCGGGACCUGAGCGACCCCAGGGAACUAUCUCUUGAAGAAGUGUUGAAAUCCUACGAGCAGCCCAUUAACGAGGAGCAGGCUUGGGCUGUGUGUUAUCAAUGCUGCAGCGGGCUGAGGGUGCCGCGCCCGGCCACUGUGACAGGUGGAGUUUCCCGUGUGAAGGACCCGUCCUCUAUACUCUUACUCAGAGAUGGGAUGGUUUCCCUACAACAACAGCCCUGCAACAACCAUGACACAGACGGACCUCCCCUCCCACCUAUCGCGGAGCGCCAGCUGGUCCAGUCUCUGGGCGUGGCAAUCUACCAGGCCCUGGACUGGGGUCUGGAUGACAGUGAGGAGCGGGAGCUGAGUCCUCAGCUGGAGCGGCUCAUUGAGCGCAUGGCAGGGGGAGAUCACAGCCUGGGGGCUGACUGUGGUGGUGGCAACGGAACUACAGAUGAGGGCUACAGUGGUCAGGAGGAGGAGGAAGAGGAAGGAGAAGAGGGGCCUAUGAGGCCAGUGCGUACAUUACGCCAGGUGAUGACACUUUGCGCUUCCAGACUGGCCAACCCUGCACUUGCCCCUGAGCACUACCAGGCCGUGUGCCGAGCCUUGUUUGUUGAGACUCUGGAGCUACAAACUUUCCUGACCAAAAUCCGAGAUACCAAGAAGAUGUUGAAGAAAAUCAAAACAGAGGAUCCUCAGGAAGAUAGAGCUGAGAUUGAUGCACUUAAACACACAGACUGGACUCGUCUCUGGGUCCAGUUGAUGAAGGAGCUGAGACAGGGGGUGAAGCUGAAGAAGGUGCAGGACCAGGAGUUUGACCCACUGCCCACUGAGUUCAGCCUCACACCCUUUGAGAUGCUCAUGCAGGACAUCCGCACCCGCAAGUUCCAGCUGCGGAAAGUCAUGGUGGAUGGUGACAUCCCUACGCGAGUGAAGAGAAAUGCUCAUGAGCUUAUUUUGGACUUCAUCAGGUCUCGCCCUCCACUCAAACCAGCGUCAGAGCGAAACCUGCCCCCUCCUCCUCAGGAGAAGCAGUCCCUCCAUGAACGUGUCCUGGCUGAAAUCAAACAAGAGCGCAAACUGAAACCUGUGGACCCACCCAGCUCCAAAAGAUGCUCAGAGCUAGGGUCCCGCCCCCCUUCUCGUCUUCGUGUUCUGCUCAAAGCCCCUACUCUUCAAGAGAUGGAGGAGAUGAACAUGUUGGAGGAUGAGGAGUCUCCAGACAGUGGGGAGCUCUGCCGUGCUGAGAGUUUUCCCACAGCUAUGAAACGGGACCGCUCCUUCUCAGAACACGACCUGGCUGAGCUCAGGGGGGAGACUCUCCCCUCACUGUCUGACUGCACCCAUCUGGAAGGGGCCGUGAUGCGGAGGGGUGAGAGACCAUGGUUACACGUGCUCUCAGGGGCUGGGCCACCCUCCACACACAGAGCCUCUCUUCCUGUGCCAGGCUGGGUGCCACCCUCCCCUGCCCGUCUCUCUCUCAGCUCAGUGAAUGAGACCACAGAGGGAGCUGAGACCGGCUCCAGUUCUCGGAAUGGCAAUAAACACCAGUGGAUGGAGGAAUUCAGUCACCCAGUGGAGAGUCUUGCCUUAACAGUGGAUGAGGUCAUCAAUGUGCGUCGUGUGCUGGUGAAAGCAGAGAUGGAGAAGUACUUGCAGAACAAGGAACUGUAUUACAAUCUGAGGAGAGGCAAGGUGUGCUGUUGCUGCAGAAUUAAGUUCCCCCUCUUUUCCUGGCCAUCCACCUGCCUGCUCUGUAAAAGGUCUGUCUGUGGAUUCUGCAGUGCAAAGAUGAAGAUUCCUUCCAAGAAGAUGGCCCACAUCCCCGUCUACACUGUGGGCUUUCACAGCAGCCCAAAGAGCCAUGGUCGCAAGAGUGAGGUCUACAAAUCUCUGUGUACUCUCUCCCGCCGGUCUGUGGAGGAGGAGUUCCCCCACCUGUACACCAGUGGCUGCAGCCUGCGGGAUGUUUGUGCGGACUGCACCAAGUUUGUGGCUGAUGUCAUCUCGUCCAGCCGCCGGAGCCUGGACAUCCUCAACAACACCCCCAAGAGGGAGAGUGCUACACCCAAACCACAACCCCAGCCUCACGCAUCACCACAGCUACCCACCUUGAAGAGAAAAGACAAGUGAAUAGAUUGACUGUUGGUUUACCCCACUUCCUUAGCAGGGUUGCCCCUGUGCUGCACUACUAACCCACUCAAAACACCCCACCAUUCCCCCAGCCUGCAAGUACACACCCUCCCCCUGCUGAAGUGCUUGUUAAGGGUUGUUUCUCUGCCUCCUCUGUAGAGAGGUUCAUAAGACGUGGCCUAGGGACAACAUAUAAGUCUGCCUUAUCACACAUAUAUUGACUUCACUCCCUGGUCUAAUGCACAAGCAGAGAGGAAAGGCAAAAUACGAGGGAGGAGGAAAGAGGUGAGAGGGUAAUUGAUGAGGAUGAUCGGAAAGAGGAGAUCUAUUUACUGUAGGAGCCAAGAGUUUAAGGUAAAUAUGGUAAAUGUAGGGUAAAUAUUUAGCUCCCUAGUUGCCUUGUUUUAGUCAUGAAUGUAAUAUACUCUUUUAACACCAAAAUAAUACAUCUUACAUUGACACACCUUCUCAGAACACUGGAUUUUUUUCUGGAAUGUUAAAAUGACACUAUGGCUGAAUAGAAGAUAUAUUUAUUUCACUAUAGGUCUUUUUUUUAGUUUAGAAUGUGCUUGGAUUAUCUGUGGUCCAACUUGAUGAUGCAUGGUGGCACCGUCUGUCCGACUGUCUGAAUGUAAUCGGGUCCUAGAGGGGUGAAAAUGGUCCUGGAAGGGACCUGUCCCAUUGGCACCAAACUGGACUGGACUCCCAGCCUCCUAUCUCUGCUGCUUUAGAAUGACAUUAAGCCCCCUCUCUCACCCUCGAUGGUCCUGUGCGAUCUGCUCAAAUUUUCGAAACACCCAGUAAACCUCAACUGCAAUAAAUCUCAUGUAAAAAGGAA